CCUCGCAGGCCGGCUGCCUGCCUGCUCACCCAGCCAGUCACUGGUCGGUCUGGGCGCUGCAGCAGGCUCAGCUCGGUCCCAGCACUUGUCUGGGAGCAAAGUGUCUUCACCCAGAGAGUCUUUCCGACCUCCCUUCCUGCUUGAUCUCUCUGUGCGCUUUUGUGUUUCUUUCUUUCUCUUUUAUUUUUCCCCCUCUUUCUUUUGUUUUAUUUUUUUUUUUAGUUUUUAUUUUUAUUUUUUGGCAUACUUGUAUUCCUAAUCCUGGAUGAAGUUGCUGGAUUCUGCAGCACAAGUCUUCAUGAACGAGCAGCACCGCUCAGCGAUUCCACGCCACUCAAAGGUCACAGAGCAGCCACUAUGGUUAAAUGUCUUGUUUAAUGGUUGAGAGGUGUGGCGAAAUCUUGUUUGAGAGCCCUGACCAGAAUGCCAAAUGUGUUUGCAUGCUAGGAGAUGUACGACUAAGGGGUCAGACUGGGGUUCCUGCCGAACGCCGUGGCUCCUACCCAUUCAUUGACUUCCGCCUGCUUAACAAUACAACACACUCAGGGGAAAUUGGCACUAAGAAAAAGGUGAAAAGACUGUUAAGUUUCCAAAGAUACUUCCAUGCUUCGAGACUGCUUCGUGGGAUUAUACCACAAGCCCCCCUCCACCUGCUGGAUGAAGACUACCUUGGACAAGCACGGCACAUGCUCUCCAAAGUGGGAAUGUGGGAUUUUGACAUUUUCUUGUUUGAUCGUUUGACAAAUGGAAACAGCCUGGUAACACUGCUGUGUCACCUCUUCAACACCCAUGGACUCAUUCACCAUUUCAAGCUGGAUAUGGUGACCUUGCAUAGAUUUUUAGUCAUGGUUCAAGAAGACUACCAUGGUCAAAAUCCCUAUCACAACGCUGUUCAUGCAGCUGAUGUCACUCAAGCCAUGCACUGCUACCUGAGGGAGCCAAAGCUGGCCAGCUUCCUUACUCCUCUGGACAUCAUGCUCGGACUACUGGCUGCAGCAACUCAUGAUGUUGACCACCCAGGGGUGAACCAGCCAUUUUUGAUCAAAACUAACCAUCACCUUGCCAACCUGUAUCAGAAUAUGUCUGUGCUGGAGAAUCAUCACUGGCGAUCUACUAUCGGCAUGCUUCGAGAAUCAAGGCUUCUGGCUCACCUGCCAAAGGAAAUGACACAGAGUAUUGAACAGCAGCUGGGCUCCCUGAUUUUGGCCACAGACAUCAACAGGCAGAAUGAAUUUCUGACCCGAUUGCAAGCUCACCUCCACAAUAAAGACUUGAGACUGGAAGAUGCACACGACAGACACUUUAUGCUUCAGAUCGCAUUGAAGUGUGCAGACAUUUGCAAUCCUUGUCGAAUCUGGGAGAUGAGCAAACAGUGGAGUGAAAGAGUCUGCGAAGAGUUCUACCGGCAAGGUGACCUUGAACAGAAAUUUGAACUGGAAAUCAGUCCUCUUUGUAAUCAACAGAAAGACUCCAUCCCUAGCAUACAAAUUGGGUUCAUGACCUACAUCGUGGAGCCGCUCUUCCGGGAAUGGGCCCGCUUCACCGGGCACAGCGCCCUGUCGGAGAACAUGCUGGGCCACCUGGCCUACAACAAGGCCCAGUGGCACAGCCUGCAGUCCAAGCAGCACAGACGCCGGGGCAGCGCCGGCGGCCCGGACCACGCGAGCCCGGGGACUGAGAAGGCCGAGCAGACGGCAGCGGCUGAAGGCCACACUCCAUAGGGCGGCGCCCCGCAGAACGACAGGAGCGGCCGGCCUGCAGCAAGGCCUCCUCCCCGAGGCCGGGCCGGCCAGCCCCACGGGGCGCCUCCCGCCAACCAGCCCAGCUGUCCUGGGUUUUUUCCCCGGGGCUCUUUCGCAGGCCUCCCGCCUGCCACUUUCCUGCCCCGUGUUCUUCUCCAAGUGUACAGAAGCCAUGUGUCACCCCAGCAUUCGCUGCCGGAAUUGAGCGACUCCAUUUGGUCAUGUGGGAACCCAAACCUGCCCCCCCCCGGGGUAGGCUGACCCCCCCCCAGCCCCGGAAGAUCAGGAGUGAGAAAGAGGUGCUUCUGCCUGUCCCCCCUUCCCCGGCCCGCCCAGGCCCUGGGUGGCUCUGUGUGACUCAGGCCAGCAGCAUCUGAAUCCAGAGCAUCUCUGUGUUCGCCAUCCCCACCGCAGAGCUCAUGAGAAACACACCAGCAUCUUUGCAGCUCCAAGGACUUGGGUUUAAAGUGCAAGAGCACAAGUAAGAGCUUGGCAGAAAGUAAACUUCUAUUUUAAUAAUAAUAAUGGCGAUGAUGGUGAUGAUGAUGAUGAUACAAAUAAUAAUAAAUCUUUUUUUUAACUUUUCUAUUUUAUACACUACACAAUGGAUCUAAAACUUGGGACUACGAUUACUCAAGUGUACCCAAAUUUCAACAAGGGGGUUCGUUGUUCUGUUAAUGACUUUAUGCCACUUUGGGUCAGAGAUCUGGAAUCUUCUCUCAACUUCAGAAACCGUGUCUCUCAUGCCAUCCAGGGCAGGUGCUGUACAGUUCGUUUCUUUGCACCAUUAACCAAUCUGUCUUUUCUGGAUUCAAUGACCUGUUUAUAUUCACCCGUGUACAUUUUCUGUAAAUACCAAGCGCUACUGAGUCCCAUGCCAAAAUACGUUAGUAUUAUUAUGGGAUUGCUACCUGUAUAAACAAUGGCACUGUGAACAGAAUACUGUUAGUUUUCAUACCAGAAUGCAUUUGUAAAUAUGGUAUAGAGUUUAUUAAUAUACUAUUGUUUUGCAGAUAAAGGCCUUAACUUUAAACAUCUUUCAUCUUCUGAAAGCUGCCCAA